ACAUAUAUAAAUUUUCAUUGCUUAUAAAAGAAAAAAAUACAAACUUUGUGCAAAUUAACUACUCAUACUUUCAAAGAAUCAUCUCAGUAAGGAAUUUAUAAUUCUAAUUGACAAACGCACUUCAGGCUUUACUAAUAACAUAUUAUUUUGUAUCAGUGAUGUCCAUAUCGUGCAAAACGCAAAUAUUAUCUCUUAGAAACAAACAAUUAGUUUAAUCACACAUCACAACCACUCAAGCGAAAAAAAAAUUGACAUUUCAACCAUGCUUUUCCCACACACGAUCUUCGUUAGACUGAGGAUGGUUUUUUUCAAACUUGGCUUUUUUCACACAUUAUCUUCUUACAUUUAUUUUUAUUUUCAACCAAUCUUAUUACUUGGAUAACUAUAAACAGUUACAAAUUAUAAUUACUAGUUGUUUUUUUCCAAAAGACUCAGGACAGGAUACGAAUCAGCUACUCUGAUUAGUUUUUGUGGGGGCUCACCAGAAGACGAAAACUCCACCAACGAUUGACUUUGACCCUGCUUAAAUUGAUUCAUUAAUUGUCGUACUGGUUCAUAGUACCCACUAGUUCUCCCUGCCUGGGCAAAGAUUGUCCUUUUCCUCCACUCCCUUGUACUGUUGUUGCAACUUGAUAACCACCUCAUCGUCACCGGACUCAUUACUUGCAAUGAUAUUACUCAUCAAAUCCUAAGAGAAAAAGCUAAACGAAAGUAAUCAUGCUAGUUUCCACAAAAUUCCCAAAUACCCUUUUGCUGCUUUCGUCGUUACUAAUCAUAUCGAUUGGGCUUAGCGUAGGAGCUAUUGUCCCAACGUAUCUCUACCACAAUUGCACCAACGCCACCACUUACACACCUAACAGUAUCUACCAAAUUAAUCUCAGAAACCUCCUCUCAUCCCUUUCUUCCAAUGCCUCCAGCGAAUCCCAUAACACCAGCGCCGGUGAAAGCUCCUCCUCCCCCGUCUACGGUAGCUUCCUUUGUCGUGGAGACGUCAAUACCACCGCCUGCCGUGACUGCGUGACGUUCGCUGUUAAAGACGUCGUCAAGCGGUGCCCUGUGCAGAAGGAGACCAUGAUAUGGUACGACGAGUGCCAAUUGCGCUACUCCAACCACUCGUUCUUCGGCACUGUAUACGAACGCCCGAGAGUCUCUCUUUUGAACACCGCCAACAUUACUGACCAGAACCGGUUCAAUCGGCUUGUCAACGAGACCACCAAGGCGGCGGCGGCUGAGGCUGCAAAAGGGUUGCCAGGGGACAAGAAAUUCGCAACGAAAGACGAAAACUUCAAUGGAUUCCAAAGGCUGUACACCCUUGUGCAGUGUACACCGGACCUGAACGCCUCUGGUUGCAGCACAUGUCUCACCGAUGCCAUCGGAAGGCUUCCCAUAUGCUGUUCUGGAAAGCUUGGGGGAAGAGUUCUGUUUCCUAGCUGUAAUGUUAGGUACGAAGUUUAUCCCUUUUACAAUCAAAAUGCAUCAACUCCGCCACCGGCUGCCUCUCCACAGCCGCCACCACCUCCAGGUUUCACAUCGAGCACAAAAGGGAAAAGCAAUAUCUCAGCCAGAACAAUUGUUGCCAUUGUCGUACCAAUUGUUGUCGCUAUGCUACUAUUCAUAUUGGGAUUCUGUUUCAUAACCAAGAGAGCAAAAAAGAAGUACACUCUAGCUAAAGAUGGUGAUGAUAUUACUACCCCUGAAUCCUUGCAAUUUGACUUGGCUACUAUUGAAGCAGCCACUAACAAAUUCUCAGCUAAGUUAGGUGAAGGGGGAUUUGGUGAGGUUUACAAGGGUAAACUUCCUAAUGGACAAGAAAUAGCCGUGAAGAGGCUAUCAAAAGGUUCUGGACAAGGUACAGAAGAAUUUAAGAAUGAAGUUGUAGUAUUAGCUAAGCUUCAGCACAGAAACCUUGUGAGAUUGUUGGGAUUUUGCUUGGAAGGAAAAGAAACUUUGCUUGUGUAUGAAUUUGUUCCCAACAAAAGCCUUGACUAUUUCCUAUUUGACACUGAUAGACAAGGAGAAUUAACAUGGCAAUUACGUUACAAGAUUAUAGGAGGGAUUGCUCGAGGCAUUCUAUAUCUCCACGAAGAUUCUCAGCUUAGAAUUAUACAUCGCGAUCUUAAAGCUAGUAAUAUUUUGUUAGAUGCUGAGAUGAACUCAAAGAUUUCUGACUUUGGAAUGGCAAGAAUGUUUGAUGUUGAUCAAACUCGAGGAAAUACAAAUAGAAUUGUUGGGACAUAUGGUUAUAUGUCUCCAGAGUAUGCAAUGCACGGACAAUUCUCCCUCAAAUCUGACGUGUAUAGUUUUGGGGUCUUGGUUCUUGAGAUUAUCAGUGGCAAAAAGAACAGUAGCUUUUAUGAAUCGGAUUAUGCUGAGGACCUCCUGAGCUAUGCUUGGAAACUUUGGAAGGAGGGAAAUCCCUUAAAAUUAUUGGAUCCAACAGUGGCACAAUCAUACUCAGAAAACGAAGUUGUGAGAUGCAUCAACAUAGGGCUACUAUGUGUUCAAGAAGAUCCAGAAGACAGACCAACAAUGAAGACAAUAGUUCUUAUGUUUAAUAGUUACUCAAUUACUCUGGCUGUACCGAAACAACCUGCAUUCUACAAUAGAACAGAUGCAGAUAUGCCAUCGAUGGGACUAAAGUUUGAUGAUUCAAGAAGCGUUGGGUUUCCAGUUUCAAUCAAUGAAGCAUCAAUAAGCGAAUUAUAUCCCCGAUAGUUAUAUAGUAUUUAAACAAUAAAAUAUUAAACAAGAUCUAUGCUUAUUUGCGUACGUGUGUUUCGAUAUCAAUAUAAUUUUUCGCAACAUAUUUAUAUAAGUUUUCUAAGCGUGAUGUUUUAGUCAUGCACGUACGGCGAGUCAUAUAUAGAAUAGUCUUAAACAAUUGUGUCGUUUCAUGGUUUCAAGUUAUUAUUAUAUCGACAAAUAAAUGGUUUAUAUAUUAUUUUCGUCCUA